AACAAAGACACCAAUUGUAAAAAAAAAAAAAACAUCUGCUGAUCGUCUCUGAGUAAAAGCAAUCGUUUCGAAUCCAAAAUUGCCCGAGAAAAAGUUUUGACUUCCCCGGGAAAAUCUCUAUCCUUUCUUCAUUCAUUCAACAAAGUUCUGAAUAUUUUCUCUGUUCUUCUCCCUCAUUUUAUGGCUUUACCUUUUAUUCAUUUACCUUGUCUCGAUUGAUCUGACUUCAAGAUUAGAAAUCUCGACGCGUGGCUUCCAUUUUUUCUCAGAGAAUCACAUUUAAAAAAAAAAAACAGAAAAACAAUAUUCGAUCUUUGCUUACUACUCAUUGUGCGUCUUCUCGAUUUGUAAUCUCCAUACAAUUUUUUCUAGAGAGAAUCCAUCUCUCUCUCUUUUUUUUCUUUGGUUUUGCUUGUCCCUUAAAUUCAGCCUCCUUCAUACAUAACGUCAAAGCUCAGAUAUCUGAAUAACUCGCUUGCGUGCCUCUCUCUCUCUAAAAGCCCAUCUCUUUCUCCUCCUCCUCCUCCAUUGAAGAAGAAACCUACCUUCGUAAUAUUUCCUCAAUUACGAUCAUGGUGAAUGUUAAAGGGUCAACCAAAAAAUCGAAUCUUGAUCGAUUCCUUCAUUGCAUAACACCCUUAGUGCCACCCCAAUCUCUCCCCAAGACGGAGAUUAGAACCCUAAAUCGAUUGUGGCAUCCAUGGGAGAGACAAAAGGUUGAGUUUUUCAGGUUGAGUGAUUUGUGGGAUUGUUAUGAUGAAUGGAGCGCUUAUGGAGCUAGCGUUCCUAUUCAUGUUACCAACGGAGAAUCUCUUGUUCAAUACUAUGUUCCUUAUCUCUCUGCCAUCCAGAUUUUCACCUCUCAUUCCUCCUUGAUCCGCUUAAGGGAAGAGUCUGAAGAUGGGGAAUGUGAGGGUAGAGAUCCGUUUAGCGAUUCAGGUAGCGAUGAGAGUGUCUCUGAGGAAGGACUUGAGAACAACACGCUCUUGCAUCCAAGUGAUCGUUUGGGUUAUCUUUAUCUCCAAUACUUUGAGAGAUCAGCUCCUUAUACCAGAGUUCCUCUGAUGGAUAAGAUCAAUGAAUUGGCUCAAAGAUACCCGGGAUUGAUGUCGUUGAGAAGCGUUGAUCUUUCUCCAGCUAGUUGGAUGUCAGUAGCAUGGUACCCGAUUUACCAUAUACCAAUGGGAAGAACCAUUAAAGACUUAUCCACGUGUUUCCUCACUUAUCACACUCUUUCCUCUUCUUUUCAAGGUGCAGAUUCUCUCUGUCUGUCUACUAUCCUUCAACUCGGUGUGAUCGAUCGGGUUUAACACUUUGUUGUAUCACAGAUAUGGAACCGGAAGAAAAUGGUGGGGACAAGGAGAGAGUGCGGAGGGAAGGGGAAGAUAUAACUCUGCUCCCAUUUGGGAUGGCUACUUACAAGAUGCAAGGCGAUGUUUGGCUUUCGCAGGACCACGAUGAUCAAGAGAGAUUGGCUUCGCUUUACAGUGUUGCGGAUUCUUGGCUUAAACAGCUCAGGGUCCAACAUCAUGACUUCAACUACUUCUGCAAUAUGUCAAUGACUCAUCGUGGCUAAACCUCGGUUGGAUGACACCAUGAUGUUUGCUUGUUUCCUCAUAUAUAGUCUAAUUCUUGCUUUGUUCUGGAACCGCUUGCGUUUUGUAAAACGCAAUGGAGCGAUUCGCUUUGCAGUGUUUUGGUUAGAAUAGCGUUUUGAGUCUUCUAACCUUUGAGAGAGUAUAUGUCGUAUAUAGAGUUUUGUUGCUUGUUGAAACAGAGUACAAUUGUUGUUGCUUGUUAAAAACAGAGUGAUUGUUUCUUAUAAGUUGAAACAUGGUGGAGAGAGAACUUUAUUGUGCCAACAGUACCGUUACUGAAAUAGUAAUGUAACGAACUAAUCAUGUUAACAAUUUUUUUUUUUGGAAUUAAAAUGGUUGAGAAGAAUUAUCAAUUUUUGCUAUUGUUUGAUGAAAC